AUGCUCCUAAUUAUGAAAAUAUUUUAACGGAAAGUCAUGAUAAAGUUGGAUUAAUCACACUGAAUCGUCCAAAAGCUUUAAAUGCAUUAUCCAGUGAUUUAUUUCAUGAAGUUAAUGAUGCUCUGAAUAAGUUUGAUAAUGAUUCGAGUAUUGGAGCUAUUGUCAUUACCGGAAAUGAACUCAUCAUCGCUGUUAAGUGUCUCUAUCAAUGA